AUGGCUCGGCAGGUGGUUUACUUGCAUUUGCACCUCCCUCGGUAUUGCACUUCUCUUGGUCUAGGAAAGGGUGCAUUCCAGAAUUCCAAAAUCUGCGCACAAACAACCUCUUCAAGCCAACCAACCACUGUCAGCUUCUCCCACUAUUGCUCUGUAUUGAAGAACAAGGCUAUUGUGGACGAGGCUGAGAAACUGCUGAAGGACUUCAAGCCCGUUAACCACAAUGUUAGCAAGCACAUCAAGGUGAUUGUGGCUUUCAAUGCCAAAGCCAUAUUCUCUACUGCAAAGGAGACAGAGGAAAAGAUUGACAUGGAGCUUAGGGAUUUGCAGGCAACGCUGGUGAAUAACAAGGAGGCCCAUCCGUUCCAGAACUUUACGGUCCUGGACACUGGCAAAGCUCACCCUUGUAUCAUUGAGAUGGCGAGACGAUGA